CAGUAGUAGCAAAGAACCCAAUUCUCAUAGAACUCACAUCCAUACUUUCUUUCGUCACCAUGGUGAGUAGGCUUUACUCUUUAUUCGUAACUGUGGUGUUGGCGUCUGUCGCGCGCUUUACGGGGGCAGUCGGACCGGUGAUCCGGUGUGAGCCUUGUGAUGCCGGCUCUCGGAUGCUGUGCAAGCCCAUACCCAAAGACUGCGCAGAGAAGGUUCGCGAGCCAGGCUGUGGCUGUUGCCUGACUUGCGCCCUUGCGCACGGGCAGCCGUGCGGAAUAUACACGGGAAGAUGCGGCUUCGGCUUAACUUGCCAGCAUCAGCCUGGGGAAACUAAACCGCUCCAAGCAUUACUGGAAGGACGUGGAAUCUGUGCCAAUGCAACCUCCAAGAAGCUGCUCAGGACCCAAGCCUCAGUCAAAGAAAAUGAAGGCACUGAGAAGGUCCCCGGGGAGGAGCCGAGCAGCAACAGCAACACCAGCGUCCACCAGGGCUCCGCCAGUCCCCCGCCGCCGGCCGGCGUCCCGCGGCUCCCCUCGCAGCACCACCCCCUCUACCACAGCCAUGCCAAGGCAGAGGUCAUCCGCCGCGAGCACGCCAAGAAGAGCCAGAGCUUCAAGAUGGAGGGCCUGCCCAUCAUGCCCAACACGGAUCAGCAGAACUUUUCCCUGGAGACCAAGCCAGAGCCUGAGUUUGGUCCAUGUCGACGGGAGAUGGAGAGCAUACUGAACAGCCUGAAGGUCACAGACAUCCUUAAUCCCAAAGGGUUUCGCAUCCCAAACUGUGACAAAAAAGGCUUCUACAAGAAAAGACAGUGUCGCCCAUCCAAUGGACGAAAACGUGGAUUCUGCUGGUGUGUGGACAAGUAUGGUCAGCCAUUGCCAGGUUACAAGGGGAAAGAGAAAGGCGACGCCCACUGUUACAACUUGGAUAACCAAUAGAGGCAGUUUGUGAGAGGAAGAGAGAGAGAGAGAGAGAGAAAGAGAGAGAGAGAGAGUUUUUUUGGGGGUGGAAUGAGACCUUGAGAGACUGACGAUGCUGGGAUCAGAGUCAGGCACAGCCUCCUGGCUCUGGGAGCUCUCUCACCUCACAGACUUUUGGUCAGGGUCCGGAAGGGCCUGUCUGACACUUGUGGAAAAACUCUCCUCUCUGAUCCCUGCUGAGCUGAGACUCAUGACUGAGACAGUGUGAGCAGAGCCUUGUCACUGAGACACCCGGACUCGUCAAGCCACAUCGCACAGCCGAUGCCCCCUCUCCUCCACACGGACCACUACGCCUACUUCUCAGCCGCAAACAGCAGCAGGGGCUGAGCAGGGAUGCCAUGAAGGGCUUAGAUCAUGCAUAGAUGUAUAUGUAUGUGCAUGUAUAUAUAGGUAUAUAUUGUCACUACCUAUCGUGAACAGGUAUAUGAGCAAGUGCCCAGGGUGGUGGCAGAGAGUGCUCUAUGGGCGUGGAGGGGCAGUGGGCGUUGGCGCAGACUACUCUCUGCAGGACAGAUUGGGAGUCAGGGUGCUGGGUACGCUCGUGUGGGAGUGGCGAAGCUCACCGGACAAAACUCCACUGAAAACUUACGGAUGCUGAAGGCGAUGCCACACGCGGCCGCACCGAAACCACUAAACGGCUUAAGGAGAGACCAUGAAUAAACUAUUUUCUACUUGGUUUGUUUUCCCGUGUUUGCCUCCUGUGAUUGUUAAUAUUUAGUUUUUUAGUCUAAAGAUGGAAGUCUGUGUCUGGGGAGUCACAAGCAUACAUUAAGGACGUCACGAAGCAAUUCAUUUAAAUGCACUAAUCUGUCAGGGAAUCAUUUGUCAUGCUCUUAUCAAAUGGACAUACUCAGCCUGCUCUGC